AGCGAAGCUUUCUAAAGAAGUUCUAAGCUCUUUCUGUUAUUUUAUUGGAUUGGUUGCUGAAGAUUUACUGCCUUUUGUGGCAUACCUACACAAUGGAGACUUGGAUAACAAGCAAUUUUUCUGAAAACUUUACGGAGUUUAUUGAAUUCCAAAAUAUCUCAGAAACAACUGUAAGUACGCAUGAUGAUCACGUGGAAACGUUUAAUAGAUCUAUGGAUACUCGUGAGAUGUUUAUAAACAUCGGAAAUGACACCAACUACACAGAAAUGUAUUGGUUGGAUGAUAAUUUCACAAAUAUUUCAUUUCCAUUGGAUAAUGAUACAGGCAAAGUUUUUGCCAACUCUACAGCGUAUCAGCCAACCGAAUUGCAUAUGGUUACAAUGGUGCUGCUUUCUGCUUUAUUGGGUCUGCUUAUAAUGGCAACUGUAAUCGGAAAUGUAUUCGUUAUUGCUGCCAUUUUCUUGGAAAGAAAUCUUCAGACAGUAGGCAAUUAUUUGGUAUUGUCUCUGGCAGUCGCAGACCUAAUGGUGGCAUGUUUAGUUAUGCCAAUGGGUGCACUUUAUGAAGUCAACCAGGAAUGGAUAUUAGGUCCUGAGCUAUGCGAAGUUUGGACCUCCGGGGAUGUCCUUUGUUGCACUGCCUCUAUUCUUCAUCUGUUAGCUAUAGCGUUAGACAGAUACUGGGCUGUAACAAACGUCGAUUACGUAAGACAGAGAAGCAGCAACAGAGUUGGAUUCAUGAUCUUUAUGGUAUGGGCUGUUGGAUUCUUAGUUUCCUUUGCACCAAUUUUGGGAUGGAAGGAUGAGAACUUCCUCUACAGGAUUGAACAGGAAAAGAGAUGCCUGGUGAGUCAAGAUACUGGUUAUCAGAUUUUUGCUACUUGCUCCACCUUCUAUGUCCCGUUGGUUAUCAUACUGAUUUUAUACUGGAGAAUUUUCCAAGUGGCCCGAAAAAGGAUUCGCCAUAAGCCUGGAGCAAAGGCAUGUGUCCAGCCAACGGAGAAACCAAUGGUGACCAUGGUGUCUCAUGAUAAUAAGAGCUCACCUUCGACUCAAAUGACUGAGCUAACUUCAGCAAUCAAUGGCGCUCCGUCGACCUCUGAUGCGACAAAUUCGUUGACUGAACACCGAGAAAUAUUUUAUUUUUCCUUUCAUUUUCAGGCCCCUCCAGUCAAGAACAAAAAGAAACCAACACGAGAAAACAUGGAAGCCAAACGUGAAAGAAAAGCUGCUAAAACUUUGGCUAUCAUUACUGGAGUGUUUGUCAUCUGCUGGUUACCAUUCUUCGUAACUGCUCUUUUGAUGGCCGUAUGCCGAAUGCCCUCGUGUGAACCUAAUCCAUAUUUGUUCUCUUUCUUCUUAUGGUUAGGCUAUGCCAACUCUAUGCUCAACCCUAUCAUAUACACUAUCUUCAGCCCUGAUUUCAGAAGUGCGUUCAAACGUGUCCUCUGUGGAAAGAAAAGGGGGCGCAUGCAUUAA